CUCAAUUAAUCUAUCCUCUCCCUUUCUCUCUCUGCCCCUCUCUAUCUUUAACUCAACCGGUCACAGUGGAUGACUGUCCACCAAUAAGGUUGGUCCUGCCUGAGGUUUCUGUCUGUUAAAAGGAAGUUUUUCCUCACCACUGUCACCAAGUGCUUGCUCAUAGUGGAACUGUUGGGUCCAAAAACCUGCGCUGAGUCCAGGAACCUUCUUGCUUUGAAGCAUUUUGCGCUCACGUUGUGGAUCAUACGCCAGCUCUCUGACACUGAGUCUGCAUGAGACUUGAUUUGACCUGCUGCUUGACCUCAUGCAGUGACACACUCAUCUUGUCCAGUUGUUCUUGGAAAGUCUUGUUAAUUUCUCUCUCCACCUGGGGCAAAGCAGUGGCUUCAUCAGAGUCAGAUUGCAGGAGAUUUUUCUGCAAGAUCUUGUUAUCAAGAUCAUGCUGAAGGUAAACAGCCUGCUUUUUGAUUUUGGGAACAUCAUUUUCAUACCUUGCAUUGAGCACUUGGUACUUGAAACACAGAGCCGUUCCAGUUCCUCUUGGAGAAUCUUGUUCUUGUUUUUCUCUGCCUGGAGCUCGUUGGUGGCUCGUUCGUCUUCCUCUUGGUAUUGUCUCUCACCUGAUUGGCAAUCUUUGCAGUGCUGAGAGUUUCUGGAUCAUGUACUUCGUCAGUUUCUGUCUGUUUUUCCUUGUUGAUGUAUAUCUCUUUCAAGGAUUUCUGUCUCUGCAGCUGUGCUUUUGUUUCUGUGGCAUAGUCUUAUUCAAGAACGAUGAUGUUUCAAUUGUUUUAUUAGAGUUCACGAUACAAUCAUAACUCAGUUGGUGUUGUUCGCAGGCAUAUAUUCUGUUGUAAUGCUGCCGACAGCCGUGUGUGUCUCUACUCCUCUCGUGUGUGUCUCUCUCUCUUCCUCCAGGUCCAGCACGCUACUGUGUUAAAAGGAGAGAGUGAUUAGCUCAACAGAAUACAUGUCACCUGGUGCUACUCUCCUGAGCCCCCUCCACACCUCUCUCCUCCACAGUGUCCUCCAACUCUUGGUUGAGUGGGCUGCUGGUCUCACAAAAGCAGCCGCAUACUGCUCUCCAUCGCUCCUUGGGUUACCUCUGGGGUUCCUCGGGCGCUGCAUUUUCUUUGGCUGAUAGAAUCAGUCACAAAGUAAUGCUGUAGGUUGCAGUUGUAGGUCUCUGAUGAACAUAUGUAUUCUUGCAAAUUGUCUUUUUUCUCUGCAUCAGAGCACAAUGCUGGUCUGUACAUUUAAGACACAUGAAUGAGUGAAUUUUCUUUCACCCCUUAUAAUUAAGGUCUCAUGACUCAUGACCCAAUGGUGGUCAGAAUCCAGUGUUCUAGAGGAUUGCCAUGGGUUAUUACACAGACAUCCAUGUUUCCCAGCCAGCCAUAUCCCCUAAAGCUGAGCCUUUAUAUUUUGUUACAAAAACAUAAAAAAAAUCAUGAAAAAUAUUCAAUAAUUUAGUUGAGAUGGUAAUUUUUAAAUGUUGUGAAUUUAGCUUGAAUUUUGAACUUAGCUUUUUAUACAUACUGGAGUUUGAAUUGUUGGUCCAUCCUAUCCAAGAGGGAACUUGUCUUAUUCUGUACCAGCCAACAGUGGACCCCUUCAAUUAAAGUUCAGCCCUUAUGAUACAAAAAACAUUCAAUAUCUUAAAACAUAAUUUAAUUUAGCAUUUUAGUUUUGUAUUUUUAAAAUGACCAGAAACAUCAGUCACCACUUAGUGGGUGUAUACUGACAGUCCACUGUUAGCAAGGCAAGCAUGUGUGUGUGUGUGUAAUUAUCUAUGUAUUUUUGUAUGUGGAGAAACAGAGAGAGGGAGAUAAAAGUACAGUGGCAGAGGCAGAGAGUAAGAGAAAGGGCAAGCUGCUCUAAUCCUCUGACUAUAAACCAGAGCAGCAGAGUGACCAGGCAGCCUCAGUGUGAAGGAUGGGAGAUCCAACGUUGCCAUCAUCCUCCACUCUGAUGACAGAUGGAGCAUCCUUCGGUCUGAGCAGCAGCACCCAGCAGGAUGACUGGUCCUCUCACCCUCUGCUGCCUUCUCCUUUCUGCUCACACUCUCGGUCUAGCAGCGGGUUAUUUAACUGUUUCCAUUGAGCCUCUUCCUCAUGUUGUCAUUGGAGACACAGUAACACUCAAGUGCAACUUCCAAACAGACGGAAUCCUCCAAGAGAUUGUGUGGUUUCGGGUGAGCACACAGGUGAUUGAAGGAGGCGAUGCCAAGCAGAAGAUUUUUACCUAUGAUGCCGUGUACAAUACCAGCUACUCCCACUUGGAGGACAACCGCAGACGAGAGGACCUUGUCUACCAGUCAACUGUACGGCUUCCUGAGGUUCAGGUGGAGGAUGAUGGCUUGUAUGAGUGCCAUGUGGGGAUCUAUGACAGAAGUUCCAGAGAUAAAGUGAUCCUAGCCUCUGGCAGCAUCAUUCUCACUGUCAUAGUACCUCCCAAGUCCAUCUCUGUAGUGGCAGCCAACAGCCCGGCUCCUUUCAGCCGCUAUGAGGCCCAGAACUUCACUCUGGUUUGCAUUGUUACAGGGGCAAAGCCAGCUCCCAUGGUGUACUUUAAGCGGGAUGGUGAGCUUAUUGAUGUGGUGCCAACUGCCCAGUCUUCCUCCUCUUUGGAAGUUCAAAGCAAGAAUCCAAGUCAAGAAAAGAGCAGGGGCAGGAGCCAGGGGCUUCGGAGAACCCAGGUUCUAAUCAGUCGAGACACUGAUGACACCAAACUCCAGAAAUCCCUGUCUCUACUGGAACAAGAGGGAAAGCUGGCUCAAUUGGGACAAGAUGGACAGGAACAGGGACAAGAGCAAGGGUCCAAGUCAGACCCCAAGCCAACCACUGAGGUGAUCCCUGAGACAGUUGUGAGUCGGGAGUUUCCCCGCUGGGUCCAGAGCAGUGACCCACUGUACUACUUCCAGCACCAGCAGCAGGCAGCAGGUGAUGGCACCAUGGAGGUGAGAGCCAUUCUGACCUGGAGCCUCAACCCCCAGCUGGACAACGAAGCUCUGUUCAGCUGUGAGGUCAGCCACCCAGCUCUGUCCAUGCCCAUGCAGGCAGAGGUCACACUGGCUGCUCCCAGAGGACCCAAGCUGUCCAUGACCCCCAGUAAGGCCAGGGUGGGAGACACAGUGCGGAUCACUGUCCAGGGCUUCCAGCUGGAAACUUCUGCAGUAAGUUUCCAACACAGGGGCCCUUUGAAUACAGAAAGGUCUGUGAAGUGCAAACAAUAUUACCAGUGGGUGAGGGACAUUCCACUAUCAGUUUUGGUUUUCAGUUUCUUUCUUUCUCAACUUGCAGAGACUUUAUUCUUAUUUUGUCAUGUGAUGCAGUGAAGGUGUUGCAAGCACUCUAAAAAUUGUCCAUAUUGUUUUGUUUUUUUUUCAAGAAAAUUGUGUUUAUUUUCUGCUGUGCUAUACGGCAUUAUAAUAAAACUUCGGAGUGCAGAGGUUAACGUCCUUGGCUGGUACAGAACACACCUUAAUGUUCAGCACACACACACACACACCCACACUAUGAGGGGCAUUUUAUGCCAGCACACUAUACUAAAACGCCUAAACCGCGUCGCCUACACCUGCAUAAAGACUGGAAAAUAUGCAUGCGUACAGGCACGCAUAUUGUGAGUACACCAAAUAAUGAAGGGUGACUGGUGAUAUAUGAGUUUCAUAUGGGGGGCAUUUUAUGCCAGCACGCUAUACUAAAAACGUGUGUACAGCACCUAUGCGAUGACAUCAAACGUCUAACUUGUGCCUGUAAAUUCCAUUUACUUUCAAUGGACAGACAGGCGUCACGCAGACGCCUACGUGAUGGGUGCGUGACAGGUGAACUACGCCUGAAAUACAUGACAUGAAGACCACGCGUGACUGUUACAGUAAGUACAAUUCUACAUGAGCGUACAGGCACACACUGUGUAGUGUUUGUAGAAAUAAGAUAGCCAAGGGUCAUUCGUGCCGUGCCACGUGCGAACGCAGCGGACACCUGUGCGUACGCUUGUCUCAAUGUACAAAUAAUUAUUUACUUCAUGAUGAUGAAUUUUGAA